UUUGCUUGAUGACCAAACAAAAAGCCCAAGACUAUUGAGUUUCUUAGUCUGCGUGGUCUGCGCCAGCCAACCAACGGCCGCCAUCGCCGAGCCUGAUGUAGUGAUGUGUGUGUGACGAGCUCUCCUCACGGACCGAGAUGCCGAUUCGCUUGUCUGCUUCCCCGUUUCGUUGCGCACCCGUGCCACUGCCCACUGCCAUGCCGUGCCGUGCUCUGCCGGCUGGGUCAGUUACUCAGCUGUUGCCGUUCGGGGAAGACGGCGGCCGAAGCGGAGCGAUAUCAGCGCGCGGGCAGUUGCACGCGCUGGGAAACGGUCCGUGACCGUGGCCGGCGCAGGGUGCUCCUCCGUGACCGGGUGAGACGAGAGCCAGCAGCUCUGCAGGUGCGCCGAUGGGGUGGGCGCUGGCGCUGCACGGCGGCGCCGGGGACGUCCCGCGCACGCUGCCGCCCGAGCUCAGGGAGCCCCGCCUCGCCACGCUCCGCCGCUGCCUCGACCUCGGCACCGCCGCGCUCCGCGACGGCCGCGCCGCGCUCGACGUCGUCGAGCUCGUCGUACGCCCUCCGUCCCCUUCCCCCACCCCUCGCUCUCCAGCCUCCCCCGGCGGUGCCGCGCGCGUUCAUGUCCGGCCCGGCCCGACCCCGACCGGUCUCCUGACGGUGUGUGGCGACGUGGCGUGCAGGUGCGGGAGCUGGAGGACUGCCCGCACUUCAACGCCGGCAGGGGCUCCGUGCUCACCGCCGACGGCACCGUCGAGAUGGAGGCGUGCGUCAUGGAGGGCGCCACCCUGCGCUGCGGCGCCGUCUCGGGCCUCUCCACCGUCGCCAACGCCGUCUCGCUCGCCAGGCUCGUCAUGGAGAGGACGCCGCACAUCUACCUCGCCUUCGACGGCGCCGAGGCCUUCGCCAGGGACCAGGUACGCCGUGCGUGGCUGCGCGCUCGUCAAUCGUGACGUCAUGCGUGCGUGCUCAUCAAUCGGGGUGGAGACCAAGGAUCCAAGCCACUUCAUCACCGAGCACAACAUCGAGCGACUGAGACAGGCCAAAGAGGCCAACAGGGUGCAGAUUGACUACACCCAGCCGCUGAAAGGUCAGCAAACACCCCAGGAAACCCCGGCCCCGAUCCCGACAGACGACAACAGCCAGACGGGCACGGUGGGGUGCGUGGCCGUCGACGCCGCGGGCAACCUCGCGACGGCCACGUCCACGGGCGGCCUGGUGAACAAGAUGGCCGGACGGAUCGGGGACACCCCCGUGGUGGGCGCCGGCACGUACGCCAACGCCCUGUGCGCGGUGUCCGCCACGGGGAAGGGCGAGGAGAUCAUCCGGCACACGGUGGCGCGCGACGUCGCGGCGCUGAUGGAGCACCGCGGCCUGCCGCUGCGCGACGCCGCGGCGCGCGUGGUGGCGGGGGCGCCCCGCGGCACCGUGGGGCUGGUGGCCGUGUCGCGCGGCGGGGAGGUGUGCAUGGCGCACAACACCACCGCCAUGUUCAGGGCGUGCGCCACCGAGGCCGGGCACGCCGAGGUCGGCAUCUGGACGGACGCCGGCGCCGACGGAGAGAGUGUUACCGUCGCGCUGUGAACGUUGCAGCGGGAUCUUCUCGUCUGUUCCGUGAGACGUUGGACUAGCUUGCUUUAUUUGAUGUCUCAGUUUGAAUUUUAAGAAACUUGAUUUGAUUUCGGAAACUGUACUAAAUAUACUUAAGAU